AGAGACAGAAUGGGUCAAUCACAUUGCUUCUUCCUAUUUAUUAAUGGAGACUGCAGUCUUUCUAGAAAAUGUUUAGACAUCGCUCUCCUUUGGGAUGCAAACCACAGAAGUAGGCUGGCUAGCUAACUAGCGACUAACAUACAGUAUGCAGCAAUAACAGACACCGGACCCAAACCUUCGGCUUCUGCUGUCUCGUAUGACUGGCUGAAAGCACGCGUAACUAAAUUAGGUAGUUAUGUGGACUAGAUAGGAUGUGUAACAGUUGAUCCUGACGGAUAGGUGGCGGUAUGUUUCGGAGUCGGGUGCUGUCUUGUCAUUCUGACAGAAUCAUUUUGUCCGGUGUGUUUAAACGAUUGGGAAAUCUUGUUUGACCAAGAGUUGCUACAGAAAUGCUUACUUUAAGUCAGUUAUGAACCGAAAACGGGCCCUUAUAUCAGACACGUUUAAAGUGAACAAACGAAGAGUUGGCAAUGAGAAGCAGUUUGGAGCUGUCAACAAUGGAGAAGCGGGACCACUGGACGUCAAAGCCACCCUGCAGGACCUUAUGACAUUAUUCCCACGCAAACUCUUCAAUGACGCCCUUCCACAAAUUGUCCUAAAACACCAACUCUACAGCAUACACAAUGAUAGGACCCAAGUGGACAGGCAGCUUAGUGACUUGAGGGAACAGGGGGAGCUGUUGAUGUUCCAGCUGGGCUUUGACGCCGAGGCCUUUGGGUUGGUGUUCGCUGCAGACUACAAGGCUAAAGUCCUGGCUGGGGAGGAGGGGAGAGGGACACGGGGCACAGUGGAUAAAUUCCUGGAGAAAGUGCUGCCCUCCUGCAAUGACCUGAGCUUCAACAAAGACAAAAUGCUGAAGGAGUUUCUCUUCACAGACUCAGAGAUAACGCAACUGGUGAGGUCGGGGGUUCUGACUGUGAGGGACGCUGGCAGCUGGUGGCUCUCCAUCCCCAACUCUGGCAGAUUCACCAAGUACCUAAUACAGGGUCGUAAAGCUGUGCUGGGCAUGGUUAAGAAGUCCAAAUAUAAUGAAGUCUUAAAGGCAGAACUGGAGGAGAGGCAGACCAACUCACAGGUUAAAUUCCAGAUCAAGUACCACAUCCAUGACAUCAUUGGUGCAGAGCUAGUAGAAUGUAUACCCACAACUUCAGGAACAUUGUUACGGUGUGUGGACUACUGAACUCAACUGACUGAAUGGAUACAACAACUUGUUUCAUGGAAGAAACCCUUAAAGCAACUGAACAUGACGAGAGGCCAUGUUACACCAAAUUAAUCAUUUGUUAUUGCCUUGUUUUUAUGGAUUUUUUUUUCUGCCAAAUUGGUAAACCCAAAGUGAAACCUUGUUGGUUGAAAUGCCAAUGGUGUAAAAUAAAGCCUUGUCUGGUUUGUAAAUAAU